GGGCAUCCAACGUGGCCAGUCUGGAGUGGAUGCCAACGGUUGGAUCCCCAGCUGUAAAAACAGGAUUUCCCCGGCAGGAACGGCCCUGUCCUGUCCCUCUCCUUUUCUGUUUUCCUACCCUGGACGCAGAUCAGGGAGUCCACCUCCUCUUGGCGGCCGGAGCCUCCUGCGGGGAGGGGGGCUCUCGGAGCAGGGAGAGGUCCUGCCGAGGGACGACGAUGACGGCCCCAGGAUGGCUGAACGACAAUCUGCGGACUGUCCGUCCUUCCUCCGCCUCUGACACGCGUGGCCUGUUGUGGCUCUGGGCUGCCUUUUGGGAUUUCCGAGUUAUCGACCGAAAGAUAAAGGGCCAUCUAUUGUGUUCCGAUGCCUUGUGCCAAACCCAGCUUCUGUGGCCUGCAAGGCACCGGCCCAUCGGACAGGCGUCAAGAGGCACGGGGCUGCGGGGGGGGGGCGCCCCACUCCGUCUGGCACCCUGCCCGCACAGGCUUUUACUUCGAAAGAAGGGGAGCGGCGCCAGGGGUCCCUGGCAGUCUGGCCUCGCCUUCCCUCUUGAGGAGGUUUUUCCCGUCCGAGGCUGUCUGUGGUGGUCGAUUGCGCUCGGACGUUACCUGCCGAAAGAACCACCCUGGAGAGUUCACUUACUGGUACGAACUUUUAUUUCCACCAAAGGACUGGGAAGCGACUGAACAGUUAAAGCAAGAUGGCAA